AAAAAACACAUGACUAUCAUGUGAUUAUGAAUGUACUUUCCCUUUGCUGAAAGACAGGAUGGAGAUUACACUUACAUUUGUUCUGGUUGUGGUAUUUUGUUACAGUGUAUCUUGUGGAGAGUACAAUUAUGGAAGUGUGUACUGUUCAGCCAAAAAGUGUACUUAUAAGAAAGGUGUACUGGAUUACUCUCAUUCAACAGCUGUAGGAGUAUACAAUGAUACAUUGAUGGAGACAGGAUGGGGGAUCCUAGAUAUUAUUUCAGGCAAUGGAAAACCAGCUGAUGAUAUAGACAUAAUGUAUGCUGCUGGGUUUAUAGAGGGAGCACUAACAGCCCCGCGAAUCUACCAACAUUACCUGAACAUCAAGGAUAUUUUCCUGACUGGUAUGUCUACUCAAGCUGUCAAUGAUCUCAAAGAAUUUCUCAAAACUCAAGAUAAAUGGAUGAGAAAGCAGAUAGAGAGCAAUACACCAAAAGAUCCAUUAUGGAGACAUGUUGCCAUGAUAGUAGCACAGUAUGAUGGAUUGGUUGAUGGAUAUAAAGCUACAGCUGACCAGGAUUUAGAAGUAUUUGCAUUCCAAGUAUUGAAUGGAGCAGGAGAUUUGAUAGAUUUAGUGAAGGCAUUAAACCCAGCCUCUGUACCAAACUGGAGAGCUUUUACUCCAGCUGAAGCUAGAUCAUACGUUCAAAGAACAGGCAUGUGCUCAGCCCUUAUUAAGGUUUUAGGAGCUUAUGAAGAUAUUUUUAUGUCGCAUUCUAGUUGGUUUGAGUACCAGGCCACAAUGAGAAUAUAUAAACAUUACAACUUUAAUGUAAAGGACUCAGCUUCAUCAGCUAAAAAGAUCUCAUUUUCAAGUUAUCCAGGUUUUCUGGAGUCAUUAGAUGAUUUUUACUUAAUGAGUAGUAAUAUGGUCAUGUUACAGACAACAAAUAAUGUCUUCAAUCAGACUCUGUACAAACUUGUACAGCCACAAUCUUUGUUGGCAUGGCAACGAGUCAGAGUGGCUAACAUGAUGGCAUCGUCUGGUAAACAAUGGGCUGAUGUCUUCUCUAUGUACAAUUCGGGUACCUAUAACAACCAGUACAUGAUAAUUGAUAUGAAGAAAAUAUCACUUGGUAAAUCUAUAGAUGAUAACGCCCUCUGGGUUGUUGAGCAGAUUCCAUCCCUAGUCAAAUCAGCUGAUACUACCAGUAUUCUACGAACAGGUUACUGGCCAUCCUACAAUGUGCCGUUCUUUGAAGAAAUAUACAAUAUGAGUGGGUAUCCUGGCUAUGUGGCUCAGCAUGGAACAGAAUUCUCAUAUCAACUUGCUCCCCGAGCCAAGAUUUUCCGUCGAGAUGAAGGAAAGGUUGUUGAUCUGAUGUCAAUGAAGAAAAUAAUGAGAUACAAUAACUACGAGAAUGAUCCUUACUCUGAAGGUGAUUCCUGUAAUGCCAUCUGUUGCCGUGGUGAUCUAAAGAAAGAUAAUCCUCGUCCAGAUGGUUGUUACGAUACAAAGGUUUCAAACCUUGCCAUGGCAAUGAAUUUCACAGCAGACAUAAUUAAUGGACCAACACGUGGAACAGAUUUACCUGUGUUUGUUUGGUCAGAUAUCUAUAAACAAUCUCAUGUUGGUUUACCUGAGAAAUAUGACUUCAACUUUAUUAGAACUGCUCCAAAAUGGAAUGUUUGAAUUUGCUUUAUUCAAACAGAGUUUGACCUGAACUUUACAUGAACUUCACCUCUUGUCAGUCAAAAAAAUAGAAUUAUCUCCCUUUCUUAAUGCCAAUUCUUUUUAAGGUUAAAUAACAUUUACAAAGGUUAUAUGGUAGAACAUUAAACAAAUUUUAACUUGUUUCCUUAUUUUAAAUUAGUAUUUCAAUGAAUAAUUUACAAAUAAAGAACUUUGAAUACACACAUAACAUCAAAGUUCAGGCAAAUAGUCAAACACACUGAAAAUGAAAGAGAAAAUAGAAAUUGCUUGAAAAUUAAUUAGAUUUAAUGAUCUAUGCUUAAUGUCCAGCAGCAAAUAUCACACUCUAGGUCAAAAUAUAAUAAGAAUGGUAGAAUAAUAACAGAAUUAGUUGAAUUUAAGUGGUCAUUUUGUCAGGCUGACUUUGAAAACAGAGCUUCAAGAUGUUAUUCUUGAGAAGAACAUGUUAUAGUGUUCUUAUGAUAAUUAUGUUAUCAUGUUAAAUAAAAUAAAAUAUAAUCAAAUCAAGUGUAUUGUACAAAACUGGCUUCCAUCCUAUUGUACAUUUAUAAGUUCACAAUUUAUAAUGUCAACUACAGUUUUAUAGUAACACACACAUAUAUAUGUUAAUCAAUACAACACACACAUAUAUAUGUUAAUCAAUACAACACACACA